UAAAAGUUACAGAGAAGAAGAAAAAAAUAGAGAAUAGAAUUGAAUAAUUUCGUCGAGUGUGUGCGCCGAGAAUUCGAUGCCGAAUGAUUUAAUUGGAUUUUUAUUUUCUCUCUCUUCAUCUUCAGUUUCAUUUAAGUGCCCCAAUAUAUAACAAGUGUGAUUUUGUAGUGCCUAAAAUCGGAGUGUUACAAAUUGGUCGAUAACAACAUUAUCGAAAAACAAAAGCACACAUAAACAACAUACACAUUUCGGAAAUAGACAAUUUUCAUCGAAACAGAAUAGAAAAAAAAGAAAUCAACAACCAACGAAAACAACAACAACAACAAAAGAGAAAAGACUGUGUUAAGAGACUAAGAUUUAUAUUACUAUUCGUUGUUUAAUUGUUGAAAUACCAAAAUGUCCUUUCGGAUAGUGCGGAGCUCAAAAUUUCGUCAUGUUUACGGUACAGCAUUAAAACGUGAACAAUGUUAUGAUAAUAUUCGUGUAUCGAAAAGUAGUUGGGACUCAACAUUUUGUGCGGUGAAUCCAAAAUUCUUGGCCAUCAUUGUUGAAUCAGCGGGCGGCGGUGCUUUCAUCGUACUUCCACAUAACAAGGUUGGUCGUAUAAAUCCAGAUCAUCCAUUGGUUGGUGGCCAUAAAGGACCUGUUUUAGAUAUUGCCUGGUGUCCACACAAUGACAAUGUCAUUGCAUCUGGAUCAGAAGACUGUGUGGUGAAAGUGUGGCAAAUUCCUGAUGGUGGACUUGUUCGCACAAUCACCGAACCCGUUGUUGAUUUGCUUUACCAUCAGCGACGUGUUGGUUUGGUAUUGUGGCAUCCGACGGCAUUGAAUGUUUUGCUUACGGCCGGUUCGGAUAAUCAAGCCGUUAUUUGGAAUGUUGGUACUGGUGAAGCGCUAGUCAAAAUCGAUUGUCAUCCAGACCAAAUAUACAGCGCAUGCUGGGAUUGGAAUGGCGGGAAAUUGGUGACAACGUGCAAAGAUAAAAAGAUUCGUUUGAUUAAUCCACGAACGGGUGAAGUUGAAAGCGAAGCCUAUUGUCAUGAAGGAUCAAAAGCAACGCAAGCCAUUUUCUUGCGGCACGGACUCAUCUUCACCACCGGAUUCAAUCGAUCAUCAGAGCGUCAAUAUUCUCUUCGAGCGCCGGAUGCUCUCAACGAUCCAAUCGUAAUGGUUGAAUUGGACACAUCAAAUGGUGUUAUGUUUCCGUUAUACGAUCCUGAUACAAAUCUAGUUUUCUUGUGUGGAAAAGGUGAUUCGGUGAUCAGAUACUUUGAGGUUACGCCAGAAGCGCCAUUUGUCCAUUUCAUAAACACAUAUCAGUCACCAGAUCCGCAACGCGGUAUAGGAAUGAUGCCAAAACGAGGUUGUGAUGUGAACACCUGCGAAAUUGCAAAGUUUUAUCGACUGAAUAACAACGGUUUGUGUCAGGUGAUUUCAAUGACGGUGCCGCGAAGGUCAGAACUUUUCCAAGAGGAUUUAUAUCCGGAUACGUUAUCUGACGAAUCGGCCACAACUGCCGAAGAAUGGGUCGAAGGAACUGAUGCUGAACCAAUUUUAGUUUCACUCAAAGAUCGUUCUUUAAUGGUACAGGGUGGUUAUGUGUCACCAUCAAGCGCCAAAACGUUGACCGUGCAAAAGAAAUCGAAUGUGCUAAAUAAAAUACCACCACGCGGUCCCAAAGGAAAUGCCACAAACAAUUCAAAUGCAACCAACAACAACAACAAUACAUCUCUAAGUACAUCCAGUAUUGAUGAAAGUCAAUUAAAAGAAUUGACGGAUGAGCUGAAAAAGCAAAGCGAGGAAAUGCGCAAACUGAAAGCGAUCAUUGUUAAGCAUGAGAAUCGAAUUCGUAGCUUGGAAGCGGCUCAGAAGGCACGCGAAGAUGAUGCUCUAGAUUUAAUUUUACAAAACAACGAUUCGGAAAAGCGAGAGAAUCUAGCUCCAGAUGAAGUGUAAAAAUACACAAACAAUUUUUAUCUCCAAUUUGUGUAACUCUGCAAUAAUGCAAACAAAAAAAAAUGUGUGUUUUUUUAAUCUCUGAUAAAAAUUAAUUAAUUUAAUCGAAUUGUUAUGAAAAGAACAAAAAAAGAGGAGGGAAGAAGAAGAAAAGUACCUAAGUAAUUUACAAAUACUAUGGCUCAAACUAUUUACACAUAAAGUUAGAAUGGAAUACGAGCAACGAAAUAAAAAUCUCGAAAAUUCUGUGUAAAAAUGAAAAAAAAAAAA